AGACAGUAGUUCGCGUUUUGAGCCGCUGGUGCCACCAUAGCUGCGGCUGCCGCUGUAGCUGCGGCAGCGGAGCAGAAAUCGCCGAGCGCGAUGCCUGAGGGCGCUGUGAGCCGGGUGGCCCUCGCGCCCCGGGGCUGGUCAGUGAGAGGGCAUUUCGAAAGGCCCUGUGGAGUGGGAAGGCAGUGUUGUUGUUGAGACAAGCCCCACGACCGGGCCUGGGACUCCCAAGCGUCUCCUCAUCAUGAUGGCAGUGGAAGGCUCGACCAUUACCAGCCGGAUCAAGAACCUUCUGCGAUCCCCAUCCAUCAAACUACGUAGAAGUAAGGCAGGAAACCGACGAGAGGACCUCAGCUCCAAGGUGACCUUGGAGAAGGUGUUGGGAAUAACAGUGUCUGGAGGCAGAGGACUUGCCUGUGAUCCCCGAUCAGGUUUAGUUGCAUACCCAGCUGGGUGUGUGGUCGUGUUGUUCAACCCCCGGAAACACAAACAGCACCACAUCCUCAACAGUUCCAGGAAAACCAUCACUGCCCUGGCCUUCUCCCCUGAUGGCAAGUACCUGGUCACUGGAGAGAGUGGUCACAUGCCUGCUGUGCGGGUUUGGGAUGUGGCUGAGCAUAGUCAGGUGGCAGAGCUGCAAGAGCAUAAAUAUGGGGUGGCUUGCGUGGCCUUCUCCCCUAGUGCCAAGUACAUCGUCUCCGUGGGCUACCAGCAUGACAUGAUUGUCAACGUUUGGGCCUGGAAGAAAAACAUUGUGGUGGCCUCCAACAAGGUGUCCAGUCGAGUAACAGCAGUGUCCUUCUCUGAAGAUUGCAGCUACUUUGUCACUGCAGGCAACCGGCACAUUAAAUUCUGGUAUCUUGAUGACAGCAAGACAUCAAAGGUGAAUGCCACUGUGCCCUUGCUGGGUCGCUCAGGGCUGCUGGGGGAGCUACGGAACAACCUGUUUACCGAUGUGGCCUGUGGCCGAGGAAAGAAGGCAGACAGCACCUUCUGCAUCACAUCCUCAGGGCUGCUAUGCGAGUUCAGUGAUCGGAGGCUUUUGGAUAAGUGGGUGGAGCUGAGAACUACAGUGGCCCACUGCAUCUCUGUGAGCCAAGAUUAUAUCUUCUGUGGCUGUGCUGAUGGCACCGUGCGCCUUUUCAACCCCUCUAAUCUGCACUUCCUUAGCACUCUGCCCCGACCCCAUGCCCUAGGGACAGACAUUGCCAGCAUCACUGAAGCCAGUCGCCUCUUCUCUGGAGUAGCCAACGCCAGGUAUCCAGACACCAUUGCUUUGACCUUUGAUCCUACUAAUCAGUGGCUGUCUUGUGUGUAUAACGACCACAGCAUUUAUGUUUGGGACGUGAGAGACCCCAAGAAAGUGGGCAAAGUGUACUCGGCUCUGUAUCAUUCCUCCUGCGUCUGGAGUGUGGAGGUCUACCCUGAGGUAAAGGACAGUAACCAGGCCUGCCUGCCCCCCAGUUCCUUUAUUACCUGUUCCUCAGACAACACCAUCCGCCUGUGGAACACUGAAAGCUCUGGUGUGCAUGGCUCUACCCUGCACCGAAACAUCCUCAGCAAUGACCUCAUUAAGAUCAUCUAUGUGGAUGGGAACACUCAGGCCCUGCUGGACACUGAACUGCCUGGAGGAGACAAGGUUGAUGGGUCCCUGGUGGAUCCACGUGUGGGCAUCCGCUCUGUGUGUAUCAGCCCCAAUGGACAGCACCUAGCUUCAGGAGACCGUAUGGGCACACUGAGGGUUCACGAAUUGCAGUCCCUUAAUGAGAUGCUGAAGGUAGAGGCCCAUGACUCAGAGAUUUUGUGCCUGGAGUACUCUAAACCAGACACAGGUCUGAAGCUGCUAGCAUCAGCAAGCCGGGACCGGCUGAUCCACGUGCUAGAUGCUGGGCGGGAAUAUAGCCUACAGCAGACUCUGGAUGAGCACUCAUCCUCCAUCACUGCUGUCAAGUUUGCAGCCAGUGAUGGGCAAGUCCGCAUGAUCAGCUGUGGAGCAGACAAGAGCAUCUACUUCCGCACUGCACAGAAGUCUGGUGAUGGUGUACAUUUUACACGGACACACCACGUGGUACGGAAGACGACCCUCUAUGACAUGGAUGUGGAGCCCAGCUGGAAGUACACAGCCAUCGGCUGCCAGGACCGAAAUAUUCGGAUAUUUAACAUCAGCAGUGGGAAGCAGAAGAAGCUGUUUAAAGGGUCACAGGGUGAGGAUGGCACGCUUAUUAAGGUGCAGACAGAUCCCUCAGGAAUCUACAUUGCCACCAGCUGUUCUGACAAGAACCUCUCUAUUUUUGACUUCUCUUCAGGCGAGUGUGUGGCCACCAUGUUUGGCCACUCAGAGAUUGUCACUGGCAUGAAAUUUAGUAAUGACUGCAAACAUCUCAUCUCUGUGUCAGGAGACAGCUGCAUAUUUGUAUGGCGCCUGAGCUCUGAGAUGACCAUCAGCAUGAGGCAGCGUCUGGCUGAGCUCCGACAGCGUCAGCGAGGAGGCAAACCACAAGGACUAUCUUCUCCCCAAAAGCCUUCUGGAUCUAACCGGCACCAGGCCCCGUUAGUGCAAUCUCCUGGACUGGCUCUCUCAUCAGACAGUGACAAGGAGGGAGAAGAUGAGGGUACUGAAGAAGAAGAACUUCCAGCUCUGCCUGUCCUUUCCAAGAAUACCAAGAAAGAACCAGCCUUGGUCCCCAAUCCAGCCCUGCCCCGAAGCCUGUCCCAUUGGGAGAUGAGUCGGGCACAGGAGACAAUGGAGUUCCUGGACCAAGCUCCUGCUGCCAACCCAGGACCCAGAAGAAGGGGGCGCUGGGUUCAGCCAGGCGUGGAGCUAAGUGUUCGUUCCAUGCUGGAUCUGCGGCAGCUGGAGACUCUGGCUCCAAGCCCACGGGGGACCAGCCAGGACUCAUUGACCAUGACCCCAUCUGGUGCUAGGAAACAUGGUCACCAGGCCCCUGAGACUUCACAUGCUAGCCAGGAUGGAAUGCCCCCUCGGCCUCAAACUUCCCAACCCUGUUCCUGCCCCCACAUUAUCCAGUUGUUGUCACAAGAGGAAGGGAUCUUUGCCCAAGAUCUGGAACCUGCACCCAUUGAAGAUGGUAUUGUCUACCCAGAGCCAAAUGACAGCCCCACCAUGGAUACCAGUGAGUUCCAGGUACAGGCUCCAGCCCGAGGAACCCUGGGAAGAGCGUACUCAGCCAGCAGCAGGGCCUCCGAAAAGCACAGCCCUGACAGUGCCUGCUCUGUGGAUUACAGCAGCAGCUGUCUUUCCAGUCCUGAGCACCCCAAUGAAGACUCUGAGAGCACAGAGCCCUUGAGUGUGGAUGGCAUCUCCUCAGACCUCGAAGAGCCGGCUGAGGGUGAUGAAGAAGAGGAAGAAGAAGAGGAGGGAGGCACUGGCCCCUAUGGGCUUCAGGAAGGCAGCCCCCAUACUCCGGAUCAGGAGCAGUUUCUAAAACAGCACUUUGAGACUCUGGCCAAUGGAGCUGCUCCAGGGGGCCCAGUCCGGGUACCAGAGAGGACAGAAUCUCAGAGUAUUUCUGCACGAUUCCUGUUGCAAGUACAGACUCCCCCACUCAGGGAACCAUCCCCAUCCUCUUCAAGCCUAGCAUUGAUGUCAAGACCAGUCCAGGUGCCACAGGCAUGUGGUGAGCAACUGAGAGGCAAUGGUGCCAGUCCCCCAGGAGCACCCCCAGAGGCAGAACCCUCCUCUGGCAGCUCCAGCCCUCAGAAGGCAGCCCCUGUGCUAUUGCCUCGACGCCGUCUAAACCCUGACAGAAGCUGUGCUCCCAAGAAAGUGGCCACAGCCAGCCCCUUAGCUGGACUCCAGAAAGCUCAGUCUGUGCACAGUCUGGAGCCACAGGAUGUGGCCCCUUUACCAGGUCCAUUGCUCUCACAGGAGAUGGAGGCUCAGGAUGGUCUGGGCACCCUGCCCCAGGCUGAUGGCCGUUCAUCUCAGCCCCACUCCUACCAGAACCCCACUACCAGUUCCAUGGCCAAGAUAUCCCGCAGUAUUUCCAUUGGAGAGAACCUAGGCCUGGUUGCUGAACCUCAACCUCCUGCCCCCAUCCGAGUCUCACCACUUGGCAAGCUGGCCCUGCCCAGCCGGGCUCACCUGAUUCUGGACAUCCCCAAACCAUUGCCUGACCGUCCUACCCUGGCUACAUUCUCACCUGUAACAAAGGGCCGGCCCCUUGGUGAGGCAGAGCAGCCUGGCUUCCCAGUAGGCCUAAGAAAGACCCACAGUACAUCUGAGAGACAGCUAUAUUUGGGCGAGGGUACCACUUCCAGGCCUAGGUCAGAGUGCCAGGCUCUUCCUGGGCCCAACAGCCCCUGUGCCCAGCACCUGCCAAUCAGCAGCCUCCUCCGAGGCCCUGAGAACUUGCAGCCCCCACCCCCUGAGAAGACUCCCAACCCCAUGGAAUGCACCACUCCAGGGGCAGUCCUGAGCCAGAACUCAGAACUGGCAGUGAACCUGGAGCAGUGUGAACAACUUGUGGCAGAGCUCCGCAGCAGUGUGCGCCAGGCUGUAAGGCUCUACCACUUGGUGGCCAGCUACAAGACACCUUCAGUGGAACAAAGUCGGAUCACUCAGCUCCUCAGAGACACCUUCUCUUCAGUAAAGCAAGAGCUAGAGGCCCUGGCUGGUGCAGUGCUAUCCAGCCCAGGCGGGAGCCCUGGGUCUGUGGGAGCUGAGCAAACACAGGCCCUGCUAGAGCAAUACUCAGAGCUGUUGCUUCAAGCCGUGGAGCGGCGCAUGGAACGCAGACUCUGAAUUCCAGAAGCCUAUCCCAAGUGAAUGUUCCCCGCAUUCCAAACUGUAGUCCCUCCUCCACUCACCAAAACCUCGAGGACACUUGGAGUGGAAAGCAGGGAUCAGUGCUCAGAGGAGAAGCCGUUUCCCAGCUGCUCCUCAUGGGGCUCCUGUAUUUAUUAAUUUAUUUCCCUGACUGUUGCCUCACUUCCUUGGAACUCCUGCCUCCACAGCCCCUCCAGUGGCAGGGACAGGUCUUGGGUCUUCAUCAUCUUGGUGCUGUGAGGGGUAGGAGGGCAGCCUGCCCCAUCUGCGGGGAACUGGGAAGGGCUGGCCCUCUCUUCUUAGAAGCCAUUUGAAAUUACUGCAGGGAUCAGCUCCCUGGGGUGGAGCUUACACAGGGUACUCUAUGGGGUAGAGGUGAGAGGUGAUGUGGUAUUUAGUGCCCUUCAGCGAACUAUAGCCUUCACCUCUGUCUCCACUUCCCUCCCACACCAGCUGCACUCCUCUGGCUGCCAGAGCAGGGAUUGUUUUCACUAAUUCCUGACAGGUCAGAAAGGUAGAGUUGUCUGGUCCUCCAGAGGACCCCCAGCCAUUGAGAGACUUGAGUUGACUUUAGGACCUGAGCCCCCACAUUCCACUCCCAUUCUCCCUCCAAGAGGGCCCUAGCAUUUUCUCUAUUCCUGUGCCUCCCCUUUCUCUUCUGUCUAGAACUUGUGGAGCCAGCCAUGGGACAUUGCUGCGGGACAGUAAAGCCCUCUGCUGGGCAGACAUGAAGCUCUGGCCUCCUUUCCUCAGUCCCUUACCAUCCCAUGUCCUCCAACCCUGGACCUCAGCAGGCUGCUAGAGUGCAGAGGCCACCUCCCUGAAUCCUGAGUGAGGCGCAGUCUCUGUUGGAAUUUCCCUCAUGGUUUACAGGGCAGCAGCCCACAUUCUGAGGACACUGGCCACAGAGGAACUCAUACAGCACACACACACACUUGACUGUUCAUUGCUAGAGUACUUGGCUCCCUGAUAUGUGCCUGGUUUCCUCUCAGGUCCUGCCCCAGCUUCAUCCUUGCUUAUAUGGAGCACCAAAUCCAAAUUCUGGAUUCUUGGUGUCCACAGCCUAGUGAUAAUGAGAUGGUCCAUAGGACACCUGGUUUGGAUAGAAGGAGCUGCCUCAGAGGCAGUGCUGGGCAGCCAAAGUUGUGCUGGAUACUGGAGGUUAAGGGGAAGAGGUACAGGGUCCAAGAGAGACACUGGAAUAGUGGUAGGUGGGACAGGUAAGUGGCAAAGGUAAGGGGUUAGAAUCAGAAGGGGUGGUUGUUAGGGGUAAGGGAAGGAGAUAGGACACAGUAGGCAGGUAGGAUAGUACCAAGUAGCAGGGAAGUUGAAGGUUUGGGGUGAAUGUGUCUCUGGGCCCUGCUGCACUGCUCUGUACCAGGUAAGUCAGGGUAGCUUGACAACACAGCUUCAGGCCACAAAAGCCCCGUCACCCAUGCUCCUGGCUUUGUAGGCGGAGGUUCCUAAGAAAUGGCUUCUUAAGGAUGCCCAGCUCCGUUGCUUUAGCCUGAGUGCACUUGAGCAGCUCAGAACCUGGCUUACCUACUCUGCUUUUACCACCUGCAUGGCCCAAAGAACCUGGGCAAUUGGAGGUGGACCGCUAGCGGGCCUGCCACUUCCUGUGGGGUGAAUCUGUUUGCCUUUCGCCUCCAACUCCGCACACUAGCCACACCCUGCCGCUGGUAGAGCUCAGCUGGUCGCUCUAGGCUAGGUCCUUCACCACGUGGGAACGACCUACCCUCUGGCUAAGGUCCGUGAGAAGAUGGCCGCCCCUUCUCUGCUCGGUGUCUCAUUUUCCCUCGGCAGCGUCCCACCCCACCCGACCCCCGUCCGUCCCUUUCUGCAUGUCUGAGGCCACCGCCGCCCCCGUCCCGAUUUGCCCCACCAGCCCGUUUUGAAAACCCCUUAUUUAUAACUUUUAUACUUUGUCCAGGCCGUGGCGCUUCCCUCUUCCCCGGCUGCACGGGGCGGGAGCAGUUUUUAACGUCCGUUUGUACUGAUGUAUAUGAA